CGAGUUGUCAAACAGAUGCCCUAUCCGGCGAGAGCUAGCGUACGCUUUAAGGCAUUUAAGUGUCAUUUAGCCUAUAUUUAAGUAGCAGGUGUAAUAGUUAUUUGUGGGUAACAGUUCGUGAACUAUAAUAUAAAGAAUUUGGCGUUCGCAAGGAGAAAAUGUUUUUUGGCGGGUAAACAAAAAAACUGAAAACAUCAUAAAAUCAAGAAAAAAAGGACAAACAGGCUGCACUUUUCCCCACGCUAUGCUCCACUUUAAGCUCAAAAUUAGGGUUUCUCUUUUUUUCCUUUAAAAAAUUAGGGUUUUUUCAUCUCCUUCUUCAUCUUUAUCAUUUUGGCGGGGGGUUUUGGCGGACCCUACUCCAUUGAAAACCUCUUGAUUGUUGGCGAUGGAGUAGUUGCCCCUUUUAGUGGCCCCUUGUCAAAAAUCUUUAGAGUUUUCUUCUCAAAAUCGCACAUUGUGAGUAAAAAUCUCUCCUUUUGGAAGUGGAUUUUAGCUUUUACUGUAAAAGCCGCCAUCUUUAGCUCUAAAGAUGGAACCUUGGUGGAAAAAAAAGCUCUCAUCAUUAGCUCUUUAAACCCAAAGUUUGAUUUUUCUUUCUUCCCCUUUAACCUGUUCUUCUGAAGAGAACGCUGGGACUUCCCAAGCUCAUUUAUUGAAGAGAAGGGAUGAAGCUGCUUAUAUUGUUAGAAUCUUACAAAUUUAUCUAAAAGUUCUCCCCUUUCUUUCUUUAGCUCUUUCUUCAAGUAUUUAGAGAUGAACAUCUUCAAAAUAGUCUGCUUUAUCUUCUUCUUUCUAAUCCCAGCUCAAUCUCAGCACCCUUCGUCUGAUAUCUUAGCUCUUCUAGCCUUCAAGAAGGGCGUAACCAAUGACCCAACUGGCUACAUCACCGAUUCUUGGAACGAAGAAUCCAUCAAUUUCAACUGCUGCCCUUCGUCAUGGAAUGGCAUCCUGUGCAAUGGUGGCAAUGUCGCUGCUAUCGUUCUCGAUAACCAUGGGAUCAGCGGUACCGCUGAUCUCUCGGUAUUCUCUAACCUCACAUUGCUGUUUAAGAUCUCGAUGAAGAACAAUAAUUUCACUGGGAUGUAUUCGCCUGAUGAUAUUGGCGGGUUUCAGAGCUUGAAGUUUCUUGAUGUUUCUAACAAUUUGUUGUUUGGAAAGGUUCCUGAUAGUUUUGGGAAUCUUAAGAGCCUUCAGAAUCUGUCGCUUUCGGGGAAUAAUUUCUCUGGGUCGAUACCCGACUCGAUUGGUGGGCUUAUCUCGAUUCAAUCUCUUGAUCUGAGUAAGAACUCUUUGUCAGGAUCGUUGCCUUCAGGGUUGAAGAGUCUGAAGAGAUUGGUUUAUUUGGAUUUGUCUUUCAACACAUUCUCGAAGGGAAUACCAGCUGUGUUUGCUGAUAUACUGAGCCUCGAGUUUCUUGAUUUGAGUUGGAAUCAAUUGGAUGGGGGUGUUCCUUGGAGUUUGUUAAUGGAGUCAAAUAUUGUUCAUGUUGAUUUGAGUGGGAAUUUGUUGAGGUCUUCCAAUGUGGAAGAGAUGAAGUUUUUGGCUGAAGUUUCAGAGACAGUGAAGUAUUUGAAUCUUAGUAACAAUCAGUUGACUGGCUCGUUGAUUGAUGGAGGAGAAAUGUCUACAUUUGGGAGUUUGAAGGUGUUGGAUUUGAGCUACAAUCAGCUGUCUGGGCCACUUCCAGGGUUUGAUUAUGUGUAUGAUCUUGAGGUUUUAAGACUUGGAAACAAUGGUUUUGAUGGGUUUUUGCCAAAUGGGCUAUUGAAAGGGGAUUCUUUGGUUCUCAGCGAGUUGGAUUUGAGUGCUAACAAUCUCUCAGGAAAUAUAGGUUGGAUCACAUCAACAACGCUACAAGUCCUUAAUAUCUUUCAAACACUCUCUGGUGAUCUUCCACUGCUCAUAGGGAGCUGCAGAAUAUUGGACCUCUCAAAAAACCAGCUCUCCGGAAAUAUUUCUGUGACAUCAAAAUGGGGAAAUGACCUGGAAUUCAUCGACCUUAGUCAAAAUCAGUUGACAGGACCAAUUCCAGAAGUAACCUCACAAUUUAUGCGCCUUAAUUAUCUCAAUCUCUCUCACAAUUCUUUAUCAAGAACUCUUCCAAAAGUUCUCAUUCAGUAUCCUAAAUUAACCAUUCUCGAUCUUAGUUCAAAUAAAUAUGAUGGUCAUAUACUUACAGAUUUGCUAACAUCCUCCACAUUGCAAGAACUUAAUCUUGGCAACAAUCAGCUUUUUGGUGAAAUUGUGUUCUCUCCCUCGUUAUCUAACAAAUCGAACCUUCAAGCUCUAAAUCUAUCAAGCAACCGCUUCAAUGGAACUUUUCCUGAAGAUCUAACCUCUUUAUCCCGUCUCCAAGUGCUUGACAUUUCUGCAAAUAAUUUCUCGGGCCCAUUGCCACCAUCUAUUACAAAUCUUACCUACCUUAAUUCCCUUGAUAUAUCUCUCAACCAGUUUACUGGCCCUUUACCCUCAAAUUUACUGGACACUUUAAUGGCUUUCAAUGCAUCUUACAAUGAUUUAUCUGGACCAAUUCUAGCCAAUCUGCAGAAAUUUCCCGAUUCCUCUUUCCACCCGGGAAAUGCAAGGUUAGAGUCUCCAGCCGGUCAUCCCAAUAAUGGCACUUCUCCAUCUGAAAGACGAGGUCACAAGCAUUUGAAAACUUCAAUCAAGAUAGCAAUCAUAGCAAUAUGCAUCGUUGCAUUUGUGAUACUAAUCCUCUUGGCGAUUUUUGUUCACUACAAGAAAAUCUCAAGAUCUCAUCCAGAGAGAGUGACAGACAAGAACUUAGAAAGAAAAGCUCUAGAGCCUAGCAGGCCAUUAGUGGUAUCAGCGCAAGACUUAUUACCCGCUCCCCGAAAAGGACCCACCUCUGAAGCAAUCGGCUCGAAAGAGAAAAUGCCAUCAGUAACUGGCUCUUCACCAUCAAAGACUAGUCAUUUCUCAUGGUCACCUGACUCUGGUGAGGCUUAUCCACAAGAAAACCUAGCUAAAUUAGAUGUUAGAUCUCCAGACAGUUUAGCGGGAUUAUAUUUCUUGGAUGAGACGAUUACUUUGACUCCAGAGGAGUUAUCUAGGGCACCAGCUGAGGUUUUAGGGAGUAGUAGUCAUGGGACAUCAUAUCUAGCUUCUUUGGAUAAUGGGGUUUCUACUGUGAAGUGGCUAAGAGAAGGAGUGGCAAAGCCGAAGAAGGAAUUUGCGAAGGAGGCCAAGAAGUUUGCGAAUAUUAGACAUCCAAAUGUUGUGGGGUUGAGAGGAUAUUAUUGGGGCCCGACGCAGAAUGAAAAGCUUAUUUUGUCGGAUUAUAUUUCUCCUGGAAGUUUGGCGAACUUUCUGUACGAUCGACCUGGACGAAGAGGCCCACCUCUAACCUGGGCCCAGCGACUCAAAAUCGCCGUCGAUGUUGCCCGCGGCCUUAACUACCUCCACUUUGACUGUGCAGUUCCCCACGGGAACCUCAAGUCCACUAACAUCCUCCUCGACGGCCUCGACCUCAAUGCCCGCGUCUCUGACUACUGCCUCCACCUACUCAUGACCCAGUCUGGCACCACCGAGCAAAUCCUUGGCUCUGGAGUCCUCGGUUACUGAGCCCCUGAACUAACUUCCUCGAAAACAUCUCCUUCCUUCAAAUCUGAUGCAUACGCGUUUGGGGUUGUGAUGCUCGAGCUCCUAACAGGGAAAUGUGCGGGCGAUGUGAUUUCUGGGGACGAAGGUGGGGUUGAUCUUUGCGAUUGGGUGAGGUUGAGAGUGGCCAAAGGAGGAUCGGAUUGUUUUGAUGGUGAAUUGGGUGGUGAGAUUGCUGGGAAUCCGGCGGUGGGGAAGGGGAUGAAGGAGAUGUUGGGCAUUGCUUUGAGAUGUAUCAGGCCUGUUUCUGAGAGGCCAGGGAUUAGGUCUGUGUAUGAAGAUCUUUCUUCUAUAUGAAAGCUUGUGAGGUCUGUAUGCGACUAGAUGUUAGUUUUGUUUUGGUGUUUUUUGUUUUUGUGGGCGAAUGGAUUGUGGAGAUACUGGGAAUCACUUGUAAUCUAGUUUUUGAGCGCAUCA